AUGGAAAAGAACCAAAUAACCCGCUCGGCUCCAAUCAGAAACGAUGAUAUUGAAUACUCUGACCGCCCAAAUUCAACAAAAGCGGAUACGACAGGAAUUGUCCCCAAUGUGGGACUAUUCGUGCCGGCAGCUAGAAAAGUCCUGCCUGAUCCCUUGGAUGCAGUCUUAAAGAAGCUUCAUCUUGACAGAAGUGCUCUCACUGUAGAGGCAUGUGAGUCGCUGUGCAUGUCUGCGCCCCAGAUACUCGGUACAAAUUACCAACCGAGAUUGGAAGACCAAGACGAUCGCGCAUCUGUUGUGUCCACAUCAUCGGACUACCAGGACUCCGUAUUUUCCGUAGAAUCCUCGGAGACCUCGGCCACGGCAUUUUCUAGGAAUAGCGGAUUUUCGGUUGAGCAGACCCAAAGUGCUACACGAGUCUUUGUCUCUAUCUUACAAGAGGAUGACGUGUUGAAGCCUCUGUAUGAGUUUGCUCGCAACAACACCAGAAUUAGACCUGAGAGGCUGCGAAGACACAUCCGUGCAGUUGUCAAGGCAUAUGCGGAAAAUCUCAAAGAAGAAGCUAACGACCAUCUCGGGUUUUCGGCUUCCCGUCUCGUUCACACAAGGGCGCGUUACGCUGCUCAAUGUAUAGCAAGCGAAGAGGACAUAUACAGGCAUUCACAGAAUUUGGUCAAUGACCGCACCCGGACUUCCAAAGAUGCCGAAGAUAGCUCCGAAGAAGAGACAGCGGAACGAACAGUUGACGAAACGGAUUUCGGGGAUUUAAAAUCUUUCCAGAACUCUGCUCUAUUCCUCCUGCUAGAUGUUAUCUUCUUGUUGACAGAUGAUUUUCUUAUUGCCACAGUAUACUUAGAACCGCCACUGGAGGUAGGCUGCACUCGGAUAAGAAAUGAAUGUAGCUGUGGCGAUCAGUUCUUCGACGACUUCAAGGAGCAAAGGAUCGGUGGCGUGGCGACAUUGGUACAAGAGAUGAAACAAUCCUCAAUCGACGCCAAAAUCACAGUUAUUCCAUAUCGCAUGGGCGCCACGAUGCAAAGAUAUACUGCUAGUGUUUCAACAUGGUUGCAUCACGUCAGUAGCAGUUUAUUCGCAGCAUUGCGAUGGUGCGACCGAAGCCCUGCAGGCAUAAUUCAAUACAACGUCAGCGGCCAAGCUACUACAACAGGUGUCACGAACGCAAGUAACCCGCAGCACCACCAAGACCCAGUCCAUCUUAUGGCUUGCGUACAUCGCGGUCACAAUGACCGAGUGCUCCUCCAAGUCGAUGCUCAUGCCAUCAGGAAUGAUCAAGCACUCUUCAGCCUUCUAAGAACCCAGAUAACCCAACGCCGUAAUCGUUUACUUCGUGCUGUAUGCUGUCGUUCCAUACAAGAAAUCUUAUUCAGCAAGUUCUCUCUCCGCAGCGGUGGCGGCGUUGAUAUUCGCGACCAUAAUGAGUCUUGUCUUCCUAUAGUAUCGAAAACGCGCUACUGCGACUGCUUGCCUCCAGAAUAUAUAGUCGAGCCAUUUCAAAAUGCGGAGUACCGCUGCACUAUUCCUCACCCUCCAGGUACUUGGCCGCCCAUAGGGUCAAAAACACUCGUUCACAUGCUCAAAUGUCCCCGAACUAUCAGCGACAAGAAUACUUGGGUCUUGUACCGGGUGCCUAAACGUGUCACGGGAAAACUGUCAGGUGAGAGUGACCAGCCAGCUGACGGAUGGGGCUUCUACUUCAAAGAAGGCUGGGAUUUCGACGUGAUUAUUACGCUUAGUUUUGUCAUGUUCAUCUUAGGGAUUCUGCUAUUCGGAAUAUGUUGGUCUGUGUUGGAGAAAGACAUUCAGGGUGCAUUCGGUGUGAGUGCGUAUAUAGUAACCGCCUGUGGUUUGUUUGUUGCUUUUGUUGUGGGCAAGACAGGGAAAGUGGGCUAG